AAUGGCGCAGGGAGGAACCCAGUGAAACAGGACAAACUCUGCUGUUCGAUCUGUUUGGAUCUCCCGAAGGAUCCGGUGACUAUUCCCUGUGGACACAGCUACUGUAUGAACUGUAUUCAAAUCCACUGGGAUAAAGAGGAUCAGAAGGAAACCCACAGCUGUCCUCAGUGGAGACAGACCUUUGCACCGAGAUCUGCUCUAGGGAAAAACACCAUGUUGGGAGAGUCAGUGGAGGACCUAAAGAAGACUUCAGUCAGCGCUUAUUCUGAACUUGAAGAUGUGAGCUGUGAUUUCUGCACUGACACAAAGCUGAAAGCUGUCAAGUCCUGUGUGCAGUGUCGGGUCUCUUACUGUGAGCAGCACCUCCAGCCUCACUAUGAAUCCCCUGCCUUUGAAAAACACAAGCUGGUGGACCCCUCCCAGAAGCUUGAUGACCAUGUCUGCUCUCAUCACAGUGAAGCUAUGAAGAUUUUCUGCCGCACUGAUCAGCAGUGUAUCUGUUGUCUGUGCUCCAAGGUUGAACAUAAAGGCCACGACACAGUCCCAGCUUCAACAGAAAGGAAAGAGAAACAGAGAGAGCUCGAGGUGAGUCAGCAAAACAUCCAGCAGAGAAUUAAAGAAAAGGAGAAAGACGUGAAGGUGCUUCAGCAGGAGGUGGAGGCGAUCAAUCAGUCUGCUGAUAAAGCUGUGAGAGACAAUGAGAAGGUCUUCGAGGAUCUUGUUUCACUCAUCAAAAAAAGAAGCUCCAAUCUGAAGCAGCAGAUCAGAUCUAAGCAGAAAAAUGAGUUGAACAGAGUCGGGGAGCUACAGGAGAAGCUGCAGCAGGAGCUCGCUGAACUGAAGAGGAAAGGGACAGAGCUGGAACAGCUGUCAUGCACACAAGAUCACAUCCACUUCCUACACAGUUACCCUCUUCUGUCGUCUCUAAGUGAAUCCACAAACUCGCCCAGUAUCAAUAUUCACUCACCGUGUUACUUUGAUGAAGUAACAGCAGCUGUAUCAGAGGUCAGAAAGAAACUCGAGAAUACUAUUAAACUUGAGUGGACCAAGAUCUCACUUAAAGUGACCAGUGCGGAGUUUUUACUCCUACCGGAGCCAGAACCCAAGACCAGAGCUGACUUCUUGCAGUAUUCACGUCAAAUCACACUGGAUCUAAACACUGCACACCCACAGCUGAUAUUAUCUGAAGGCAACAGAGUAGCUAGAUUGACGAUAAAAAAACAGCUGUAUCCUGAUCAUCCAGACAGAUUCACUCAAAGACAGCAGGUUCUGAGCAGAGAGAGCCUGACUGGACGUUGCUACUGGGAGGUGGAGAUGGGACCAGCUAGUGCUACAGUUGCAGUCACAUACAAGGACAUUAGCAGAAAAGGAGAUGAAAGUGAAUUUGGAUGCAAUGACAGAUCUUGGGCUUUAGAAAAUUCAGUUGAAUUUAUUCACAACAGCAUGAGCAACACCAUCUCGGGUCCUCGGUCUGCUAGAAUUGGAGUGUACCUGGAUCACAGUGCAGGUGUUCUGUCUUUCUACUGGAUCUCUAACACCAUGACUCUCCUCCACAGAGUCCAGACCACAUUCAGUCAGCCGCUCUAUGCUGGACUCAGUGUUUAUGGUUGUGGUAAUUCUCUGAAAUUGUGUGAACUCAAAUAGAUGGGCAGGAGAAAGAGUAACUGUGUCACUCUGUGUAGUGUUAUUUUACGAUGUACCUACUGUAAUCAGUCGUUUCUUGUAGAUUUUACCAGGAUAGAAUAAAAGCUUUACACCAUAAUACUGUCAGCAGCUGGUUGCCAUUCAAAUGUUAUUUGAACAUGUCUUAGUGUUGACAUAAUUUAUCACAGCUAUUGUCCACAUAUAUAGCUGCAGAACCAGUCAAAGGUUGAAUACAGUCAUAGUGGGGAACACUAUUUAAUUUUCUUUUUCAGUUAUUUUCCAUGUUUUAUACCAGGAGUAUAAAAAUGACCCCAUUACUAACGAACAACAUGUGGAGCUUUUUAUGCCAUACUGUGCAGAAAAGUAUCCCUACUACCAAAUAUGUUACGUUUGGGAUAAAUCAAAAGUCCACUAAGAGGAAAAUUAAACCACAAAUGAACCUUUAUGAGUGAUCAAGAUGAUUAGAAAUUUCCCUUUAAACUAUCUCUCUACCACCACUGAUGUUCUGUUAGGAAAUUUACUUGUUUAGAACAAAUUUGCAGAAGCUUGUUUUAUGUAUUAUUAUUAUAAUUAAACUUGACCAAACCAAUGAUUGGUACUGUAUCUGUUAGGGUGUUGGAGUUUACUUAAUAUCUGUGAAUCAG